UGGAAGGAGGUUACACCCGAGCUGAACAUUUUCACCUUGGAAAGUUUAGGAGUAAGGCUGAUAACUUCGCCGCGGAGACUUUGUGAAUGGGGAGCAUUUGGGGAGACUUUUACGCAUCGACUUGAGUGACGCACGGCGAGAUGUUUUAAAAGAAAACUUGUUCUCUGCAAGUGUCGCAACCAAAUCCUCAUGUUCUCCCUUUUCUUCAAUGGCAAAGGAGCGUUUUAAGGAGAGUCUGACUGAUCGAGUCUCUUGAGAGAAACUUUGGUGAACUUAAGCGAACUUGAUUUCGGCUCCCAUCACUUCUUUUUUUUAAUUCUACCGCACAAUCGAACGGCCCCUCUUGACCUUUUUCGGGAUCCUUACGUCCGCUACGACUACUUCUCCCCCCGCGGAUUUUCAAUUAACUUCGGUUUGGAAGUAAUUUGAGUGGAUACCAUGCCUCCGAUCGGGCCGGAGAAGCAGGCUGCGCUUUGCCGGGUUUCGGCUCUGGCUUUUGCGCUCCUGGUGUGCGCUGCUUCGGUGACUGGAUGCCCACACAAGUGCAGCUGCUCCGGGUCGCAUGUGGACUGCCAGGGUCUGGGUUUGAAGACUGUGCCAAAAGGAAUACCGAGGAAUGCCGAGCGCCUGGAUUUGAACAGAAACAACAUCACCAGAAUCACCAAAGUGGACUUCUCUGGCAUCAAGAACCUCAGGAUUCUUCAUCUGGAGGACAACCAGAUCAGUGUUGUCGAGAGAGGAGCCUUUCAAGACCUCAGACUGCUGGAGAGACUUCGUCUGAACAGAAACAAACUCCAGUUUCUCCCAGAGCUUCUCUUCCAGUCCAACCCCAAACUAGGACGGCUAGACCUCAGUGAGAACCAGAUUCAGGCGGUUCCAAGGAAAGCUUUCAGAGGAAUCACAAGUGUCAAGAACCUGCAACUGGACAGCAACCACAUCAGCUGCAUCGAAGAUGGAGCUUUCCGAGCACUGCGCGAUCUGGAGAUUCUCACCCUCAACAACAACAACAUCACCCUCAUCCCCCUGUCCAGCUUCAACCACAUGCCCAAGCUGCGGACACUGCGUCUGCACUCCAACAAUCUCCACUGUGACUGUCACCUGUCCUGGCUCUCUGAUUGGCUCAGAGCCAGGCGGGGCUUGGCGCCCUUCACCCAGUGCAUGGCCCCCGCCCACAUGAGAGGCCUCAAUGUCCCAGAUGUGCAGAAGAAGGAUUUUGUCUGCAAUGGUCCAGCACAGACCGAGUCGAGGACUUGCGUUCCUCAGGUCGCCGUGUGUCCGCCCAGCUGCAGCUGCAACAACAACAUAGUGGACUGUCGUCGUAAAGGUCUUACCGAAAUACCAGCCAACCUCCCUGAGGGCAUCGUGGAGAUUCGUUUGGAGCAGAACUUGAUCAAAAGUGUCCCUGCAGGAGCCUUUUCUGCCUACAAGAAGCUCAAAAGGAUUGAUUUGAGUAAGAACCAGAUUUCUGACAUUGCUGCCGAUGCUUUCAGUGGCCUUCGCUCACUCACCUCACUGGUGUUGUACGGCAACAAGAUCACAGAGCUGCCCAAGGGAUUGUUUGAUGGACUGGUUUCCCUGCAGCUACUGCUGCUGAACGCCAACAAAAUUAACUGUUUGAGAGUCAACACCUUCCAGGAUCUGCAGAACCUCAACCUGCUGUCGCUGUACGACAACAAACUGCAAACAAUCAGCAAAGGACUGUUCGCCCCUCUGCGCUCCAUCAAGACUCUUCAUCUGGCCCAGAAUCCUUUUAUGUGUGACUGUCACCUGAAGUGGCUGGCAGACUACCUGUUUGACAACCCUAUUGAGACCAGUGGAGCCCGCUGCAGCCACCCCAGAAGGCUGGCUAACAAACGCAUCAGCCAGGUUAAAGGCAAGAAGUUCAGGUGCACAGGUCAGGAGGACUAUCGCACUCGUCUGAGUGGCGAGUGUUUCCAGGAUCUGGUGUGUCCAGAGAAAUGUCGCUGCGAAGGCACCGUGGUCGACUGCUCCAAUCUCAAACUGACCCGUAUACCUCCACACAUCCCCGAUCACACCACAGACCUGAGGUUAAACGACAAUGAGAUUGCUGUCCUGGAGGCUGCAGGAACAUUUAAGAAGUUGCCUAACUUGAAGAAGAUCAACCUGAGCAACAACAAGCUGAGGGACAUCCGUGAAGGUGCGUUUGAUGGAGCGGGUGGAGUUUUGGAGCUGCUGCUGACGGGGAACAAGCUAACUGGACUGCAGGGACGCAUGUUCAGAGGCCUCAUUGGCCUGAAAACACUAAUGCUGCGCAGUAACCAGAUCAGCUGCAUUGACAACAGUACGUUCACGGGUCUGAGCUCAGUGCGUCUGCUGUCGCUGUACGACAACAGGAUCUCCAGCAUCGCCCCAGGAGCCUUCUCCACCCUGCACUCCCUGUCCACCAUUAACCUCCUGUCCAACCCGUAUGUGUGUGAUUGCCAUUUGGCCUGGCUGGGUCAAUGGCUUAAGAAGACCAGGGUGGUCAGUGGAAACCCUCGCUGUCAGAAACCAGCCUUCCUGAAGGAGAUCCCCAUCCAGGAUGUGGCUACCCCAGACUUCACAUGCGAUGGUGCUGAGGAUAAUGGUUGUCUUCCUGGGUCUGGUUGUCCUGACGUCUGCACGUGCUCAGACGGCGUGGUGCGAUGCAGCAACAGAGGGCUGCACUCUCUGCCCAAGGGCAUUCCCAAGGACACCACGGAGCUUUACCUGGAGGGUAAUAUGCUGACAUCUGUGCCCAAGGAGCUGGCAGUCCUGAAGCAGCUGUCACUGGUAGACCUGAGCAACAACAGCAUCAGCAUGUUGGCCCCUUACACCUUCAGCAACAUGACUCAACUAGCCACACUCAUCCUGAGUUAUAACCAGAUUCGCUGCAUCCCGGUUCAUGCCUUUGACGGGCUCAAGGCGCUUCGCCUGCUCACUCUCCAUGGUAACGACCUUUCAACCAUACCAGAAGGAGCUUUCAACCACCUCACCUCCCUGUCCCACCUGGCUCUUGGUGCCAACCCCCUGUACUGUAACUGUGACCUGCGCUGGCUGUCUCAGUGGGUCAAGGCUGGCUUUAAAGAGCCUGGCAUUGCUCGCUGUACUGGACCACCAGACAUGGCUGACAGACUACUGCUCACAACACCACUCAACAGAUUUCAGUGUAAAGGUCCAGUAGAUAUCAGCCUGAUGUCAAAGUGCGCCCCCUGCCUGGCAGCACCCUGCCAAAACAAUGGCACCUGUGUCUCCGAUGCUAAUGGAUCCUACCACUGCACCUGUCCGUAUGGAUUCAAGGGUCAAAACUGUGAAAUACCCAUCAAUGCCUGCAUUAGUUUCCCAUGUUCUAAUGGAGGAACCUGCCACAUUCAGCCUGGCCAUGAAGACCACUUCAGCUGUGUGUGUCCGCCAGGUUUCGAGGGCCAGCGUUGUGAGAUAAACCCGGAUGACUGUGAAGACAACGACUGCGAGAACAACUCCACCUGCAUCGACGGAGUCAACAACUACACCUGCAUCUGUCCACCUAACUACACAGGCGACCUGUGUGAGGAGGUGGUCGACCCUUGUCUCCAUGGUUUCGACCCCUGUCAGCACGACUCAAAGUGCGUCCACGUGGGCCGCACUUACAGGUGCGAGUGUUUACCAGGCUAUGUGGGCCAACACUGUGAGCAGGACUAUAAUGAUUGCCUGGAGAAUAAGUGUCAGCACGGAGCGGAGUGUGUGGACGCUGUCAACGGCUAUACCUGCGUCUGUAAAGAGGGUUUCAGCGGGCUGUUCUGCGAGAACCCUCCGCCCAUGAUCCUGCUGCAGACCAGCCCCUGCGACCAAUCAGACUGCCAGAACGGCGCCCAGUGCCUGGUGGUUGCUGGGGAGCCCGUCUGCCGCUGCAUGCCCAGUUUCUACGGCAACAAAUGUGACAAGAUGGCCACCGUUCACUUCCUGGGUCGGGACGGGUACGUGGAGCUGCCAGGUGCCAAGCUCCGUCCCACAGCGCAUAUUUCAUUACAGGUUGCCACAGAUAAAGACAACGGUAUUUUGUUGUAUAAGGAGGACCACGACCCGCUGGCGCUGGAGCUGUACCAGGGACACAUACGACUCAUCUACGACAUCGCCAACUACCCUCCCACCACUGUAUAUAGUGUGGAGUCAGUGAAUGAUGGGCUUUUCCACACGGUUGAGCUGUUGAUUCAGAACCGUUCACUGAGCCUCGUGGUGGAUAACGGUGCCCCCAAGAGUCUGGGCAAGCUGGCGCGUCAGCCCUCCGUCGACCACAACACCCAGCUUUACAUCGGAGGCGUACCAUCACAGGUGGUGGCCUCAGGUCUGCGGCCCGGCCCUGAACGCGCCCCUCAGGCUUUUAAUGGCUGUAUCCACAACGUCCGAAUCAACGGCGAGGCUCAAGACUUGAGUUACCGAGCAGCAGGAGGGGCGCGACCACAAGGGGUCGAGGGGAAGGGUGAUGCCAUUCUUGCAGGGUGUCAUGCCUGCAGUGUGUGUGCCCAGGGUGCAUGCAGGGAGGGAGGAGAGACGGGGGUAACAUGUGACUGUCCUCCAGGACGCAGCGGGGCCCUGUGUGACCAGACGACAGCACCGAGCCCCUGCCAGAACAACAGAUGUACUCAUGGUGUGUGUGUGCCGAAGGGUCAGUCCUACAGUUGCAAGUGCAGCGAUGGCUUCCAGGGUCAGUACUGCGAUCGACGGCAGGAGCCUCCAGCCUGCAGGGGGCAGCGCUGCGGACACGGGGAGUGUCGGGUGUCAGAGGCAGGAGAGCCCGUCUGCCAUUGUCAGCCAGGGUACACCGGACCUACCUGUGACACAGAGCUUACAUGUCAAGGAGAGAUGGUGAGGGAGCAGCUGAAGCGCCACCACCCGUUGAGAACAUGCACAUCCACCAGCAAGAUUCCCCGCAUGGAUUGUCCCCGAUCCUGCCAGGCGGCGGCACCCACAGGCGUUUGCUGCGGCGUCACCAAGACCAGAAGGAGGAAGGCGGUUUUCCGCUGCACCGACGGCACCUCGUACUCCGAGGAGAUGGAAACUGCUCUGGAAUGUGGCUGCUCCAAGUGCCCAUUGUAACAGCACCGCAGUUUGCUCGUUUGUUUUGCAACACCCACCGCUGCCAUUUUGUGAAUUCUACACGUCAACGAGGCCGUCGCUCUGAGAUCUUUCCACAUUGAUGAGCACCACCAUCAUGUGAUUGUUUUUUGUUUGUUUUUUUUUUACACAUUCAGUUUGACCGCCACCAAUUUUGCUGCCAAGAGAAACCACAAACAAAAACAAAAAUGGGACAUGUGUGCGUGUUUUUUGACAGAGAGAAAAUAUAUUGUAAGAUAUAAGUGAGAAAAAGCAUAGAACUUAUUUUUAUUAUGGAUUUUUUUUUCUAAAAGAUGAUAAAAGGACUGAUAAGUUGUUUUUUUAAUAUGUUGAUUAUAUAUUGUGUUACAUAGUAUGAAAAGUUAUUUUGUGCCUUGUAAUGAGAAAAAAUACACAGCAAAAUAGAUUAACAUUCCUUAAAAGUAUAUGAAUUUAUAUGUAUGUAUAAAUCUAUAUAAAUAUAUACCCUAACCCAAUGAAUUUUAUAUUUUCCACGUGUAUUUGCAUGAUGUUAAUGUGAGUGCUGAUGUGUGGGAGGCUUUGGACACUGAGAGAGGAGGGCUGAGAGAGAAGAGCCUCCUGGAUUCCACAACAAGGAAAAGGUGGCAGUCUUUUGUUGCACUCUCUCUUGGAGAAAAAAGGAAACUGUAUGUGCCUAGCUAACCUGCUUCACUAUAUAAUGGACAUCUUCCUCACAUGCGAGUUCUUUGAGAAAACAUAAAAGACUCUUUCCACGGAGAUGAUUUAACAGUUUGUUCUAAUACUGUGUUAUUCUUCAGUUUGCUGUUGCACACCACACAUGGAGCCACAUGAGGUUUGACAUGAAAAGCUGAAUCUGCUAUCGUUAAGAAUUAAACAUCACAAAACUGGAAUCCUCACUCAGAUUAACCGCAGUGAAGUCAGUAUACUGGGAUGUUUGAGAAUCAAAAUGAGCUCUGAAACAGAUACCAAGCAAAUCCCUGAUAAGUCCUGAAAACUCAGAGCAUUGAUUGCGGUGGAAACAGGAAGCCAUUUUUAAUCAAAGCACCCAUUCACGUAACAGGACGUAACUUGACGCCAUGCUGAAAAAGUGAUGUCACACUGUGACAGGUGCACUUUCCAUCACUGCAGCAAGACAUUAAACUACCGGAAAAAAACGGUCAAAACAACAUUUUCAGCUGGGCAGGGAAGCUGUUUAGAAUAAAGCCAUUGUGCCAAAGUCAACUGUGUUUGCCUUAACGGAGAAGUCAGUCAAAAAUCUGACUGAAACUGAUUUCUAUGAGUUGAAGUGCCUUGGUGUACUUAUUCUGAAACUGAAAAAUGCUGCUGUGAUAUUGUCAACAGCUGCUACUGAAUGUUUGACCAUUUUGGAUGGAUAAAGGCAUUGUUGUGUCACAUGUGGCUGUUGACUCCCGUCUCCAUGGCAACGCAAUCAAAAUGCUUCGGUGGCCUUCCUAAGUUCGCAAAGGGACUGAUGCUUACAUUAGAUAAACACCCCUCCCCUCCUUCUCUGGUUGUGUGGGCAGGCCCAGUGAAAUGUGUAGAACUAGAAAACAAGAGAAGCCUUAAUCAUGUCACAGUCCUUUUGGGAUGAAGUUUGUUGUAGGAAGCGUUUCUUCAUCGCCUCAUGUAGAAUGUGAAAUUGCAGCAUCAACAAGGACCUUUUUUUUUUCCUCUUACAGUGUUAAUGUGUGAUGCGUUCACUGUGUUAUAUGGCAACAUUAUACCAUGCAGGUCUGGCUGUUAGGUGGACCAAGAUGUGUUUAAGGUGCAAACGGAGAACCAGAUUUUUCCACAGGGCAUGUACUUGCAAGAUUUUCACUUUUAAGGUGUUGAUUUGUUAAUGUUUAAAAUUUCCACGUUGAUGCUGUUGGGUGGAGGUUAAAAAAGUGGCUUACAUUUAUAGACCAAAAGACAGACUGCUCUCGUCUUCUGUAACUUUUACUCGUGAAAGAAUCAGAUUUGGACCAGGGUGCCACAACACAGCUGAAAAAUACUCUCCAUAGAUGACUAACAUGAUUAAAAGUAUAACGAAAGACUAUAAUGUAACUACUACUGUAUUGUUUACUUUAUACAUUGUUGCUUUGUUUACAACAGGUGCAAAGUAUUGUCACACUUCUACAGUUAAUUCUUCUAUUCUGGGUUUGAGAUAUAUCAGUAUUAUCCUUGUCUGUCAGCGUCAGUUUUCCACACCUUCUGUUCUUUCUACCAGAUCCUUCUUCACACGUCUUUUCCUCACACCUUUCCCCUCCACUCUAGGGUUGGGCGACAUGCUAAAUUCCAACCGGCCACCAUCAGCCCAACAACCAGCGAUUGCUCAUAAAUUCACGCAGGUGUGCCCCUCAGUAGAUUUAGCUGAGAGAUGUGUGUGAUCGGCGAGUUUGCUUUGUUUAGUAGUCCAAUAAACAAACUCACAAAAUAUCAAGAAAGGAAAUAUUCUUACACCCGUUUUCCUUAAUAAACAGAGAAGUACAAUCGUGCGCCUUGUGAAUGAAAUUUUCUCUCUUUUACCAAACUCAGACAAGCUUACUGUCCUUGUUAACUCAUCAUAAAACACUUCAUUCAAACUCAGCAGAAACAAAAUAAAACUCACUGAAACUGUCGUGGUUACUCUUUUCACUGUUCAAUCACAGCCUCUGCAUUGGUCAAAAUAAACCCUUGACUCACAGAGUCACACUCGCUCUUCAGAGGCAGAAUAUUAAAUUAGCAAAAAAACUGUGGCGAUGGGCUCACCCAAUCAAUAAUAGCCGACAUAUUUAUCCAACCUUCCUGCCUUUCUCCCCACGUCUUCAUCCAAGACAUCUCCUUUAUUUGCGUCAACCAUUCAAUCUCACAUCUCUCCCCCUUUCAUUUUUCUCAUUCUUUCCUUCCAUUACUGUUUUCACAGCAAUUUGAGCUUUCAUCUUUUUGCCCCAUUCUCUUUGCUCUAUCCAACCCCUCUGUUCCUCAUCCUAAAGGUUUAGCUCUCUAUUGUGACUACACUCAAACACCCUAGUUAUCGGUUAUUGACAGCAAAAUAACCGUUUUGUCAGUAAUUUCCAUUUUCCAGGUUUUAGGUUAAAAAACAUGAAUAUGUGAGUGAUGAUAAUUGAUACUUAUGUUGAAUGUUAAAAUUAAACUACCAUUGAAACUAUGCUCAACUAUGUCUGAGUUCUUGAAAAAUGAAUCUUUGACUGCAUAUCCAAAUUUGUGCAACAAUAUCUCCCAUAUAGAUGAACUGAACUCAGCUACUUAGCUGAGAUUAUUGAAGCCUGCUUCCAAUAACAUUGCACAUAUCACCGGUUUUACUAGUUUUUGUAGAAAAAAAUUAGUGGUGGUGGACAAA